UGGUGCCAGUACAGCAAGUACAGUAAGUUGGCAAAAUUUGCAACAAGUUCGGUUAAUACAGAUGAAUACCGGCGAAUAUAGCUUUCGGUAAUUAUUGCGGUAAUGUCGAGUAGAUAACUUGAGAGAUUGUGUUUCGGUUUUCCUGCGCUUGCUUCGAGAUUUAAUACCGGCAAUUUUAUACUGGCUUCGACCGGCAACAAAUUCCUAGUUAGAUUUCUAUAACUUUACAUGGGCUUACAAGUAUUACACCGUUGUUUGAAAACCGCGGGAUUAUGGACUUUACGGACCGGAUAACAACGUUUGGCUUAAAAUGCCAAUUUGCUUACGGGCAAGCAGAAUGUAUUGGGAAUUCCAAGAGCGUUUAUAAAGCUCAAGUGACAGCAAGUGAGCAUCCAAUCAAUUCUGGCUUUCUAGCUGUAAAGCUUAUAAGCUUGACCCCGGAAUCAGCUGAAAAAGAGGAACUUCUGGAGCAAUGUAAACGCCUUAUAUCUCUGAGCGAUGAAAAUGUGGCAGUUUAUAGGAACGUAACGAUCAGAAUAACUGGAAAGAAAGGGUACACGGAGUUCGCAAUGGAUUACUACCCAGAUGGCAGCUUAAGAGACACCAUCUAUCGCUAUGACAAGGAACGGAACAAGUUAACGGUAGCAAAAUUAAAUGACUGGUCCGAACAAAUGGCAAGCGGCCUAAAGUAUCUGCACCACAGCAAUAUAAUUCAUGGACACUUGAAGCCAAGUUGCAUCCUGGUCGAACUAUUACUAAACAAACAAGUACGGCUGCGCAUCGGUGGCCUGGAUCGUCAUGUUGCUCUGCACACCAUCCGCGCCACAUCACCUGAUAUUUGCACACAUCCGCGACAACAUGCGCAUGCAGAUCGGGAAGUCGACCAGUCUGUACCGGUCUCCGGAGAUGGCACACAACGUGAAUUCCGAUGCCGAAGUAGUGUUUGGCCCUGAGACGGAUAUCUGGAGUUUGGGACACAUUAUACUAGAACUGGCUGAAUGCUGCUAUAGAACCGAAGAAAAUGCCGGUAACCGUAUGGCUGCUGCUGAUUCGGACCUUUCAUGGAUGUGGACCCUGGUCCGAACCGCCGAAGGAUACGUGCCCAGACCGUCGGAAAGUGUUCCUAACGAUUUCAGGAAAAACGUUCUUGAAGUCUGUUUGCAAAGCGAUUGUAAUAAGCGACAUACGGCAGCAUUACUGCACGAAACACUAAUAAAUGCAAACGGUAAAAAUAAGAAGUUAUGGGGAACCACAUGGCAGACCGGUAUAGAGGAGGGUUAUGCGGAAAACGAGGUCAAUGAUAUGGGCAAAGCAGAAACCGACAGGAAUAUCAUAGCUCCUGAAGCAGCAUAUCCCGUGGUAGAGGAAGUGGGAGGCGCCUGUGAGUACAAGACUACGUUUCCGGAAUGUUAUAUCGGCCAGGGAGCAUUUGGCAGCGUCUUUAAGGCUACCAUCACCAAACGUACUUAUCAACCAAAUGAAAGCCAAAAUAAUUAUUUGGGGCCGUCCAUAAUUGCCGUUAAAUCGGUGCGGGUGGAUCGCGAACGGAAAAGUCAACUUUGCGAAGCAGCUGUUUUGCUCAAAGAAAAAGACCGCUGGGAAGCUUUAAUCAAACUCCGGCAUACGUAUUUGGUGGCUUAUCACAAAUUUAUCCUUAUAUUGUGGAAAGACCAUGCAAAAAUCGAUAUUUUGAUGAACUUUUGCUCAGCUGGCGAUCUCGCGGACAUGGUUACAAAACAUCAUCAACAUCAGCAUCCUUUAACUAUACCAAGUAUGAUUACAAUGAUGUCGCACUUAGCUAGUGGUCUCAAUUUCAUCCACGAGAACAAUUUCAUCCAUGGAGAUUUGAAGCCUAGCAAUAUUUUUAUCAACGGAAGGACUGGCCCGAAAGGCUGUUGCAUGCUGCUUAUCGGCGACUUAGACAAUGCAGUGCCUAUCCAAGACGGCAGGAUAGAUAAAACGGCGCUCCACGGAUUUCAGUACACUCCGGCGUAUGCGUCCCCUGAACUACUGAAAGCGGUAGCCCUACAGGUCUGCGAGCAGAGCCUCCAGCGGUCCGAUGUGUGGAGUCUAGGGUGCGUGAUGUUGGACCUCGCUAACUGCUGCUAUUUGAUCGGAGAUAAGCUUUUUCACAAUCCGGCAGAUCCACACGACCGAAUAAAGGAUGAUGCAAAAGGCCUAAUGCUAAAAAUUAUUCAGGGUUAUACUCCUUUCAUUUCGGAUCAGAUCGAAGAAGUGCCAAGGGACCUUAUCCGAUCCUGUCUAAUUGCAAACUGCGGCCAACGGAUUACGGCUUAUCAGUUAUGGGCAAAAUUACGAACAAUUAUCAAUAACUAUAGUGAUGACGUCCGUCAGAAAACAUUCGGCCGCAAUUCGGUGGUUGUCAAUGCCGCGAAUGGUCAUCAACUGUUUCAGCCAUUUUCAGUUAAAGAGAAACCCUGGUUUUAUUGGAUGAAUAGAUAAACAAUUGUAAACCGAGAUUUUUGGUCGGGUCGCCUUCGGGGUCGGGUCAAGUUUUCUGGUAGUUUUGCAAUGAUUAUGGGCCUGUACACGGGAGCCUGUAGCCUCCCUUAACGAUUAUUUAACAACUUAUGAUAGUUGCAUUUCGUCAUAGUUGUAUGGCAACAGGCAACAGCUACCCUGCAUGCAUCUCGCGAUCAAUGCCACGGGAGA